CAGGUCCUGAGUGCCCAGAGUCUGACCGGCCGCCGUUACUGGGAGGUGGAGACCCUUCUCUGUGUUUCUCUGUGGGGAUUUCUCCUGAAGCUACGUCCUCGUCCUCCCUCCCUCUGCUGUUGCAGUCUGGUUGAGCCCUGACACGGAGCUGACGUGGGACGCGGCUGUUUUGCUCUGGUCCUGCUGGUUCUGGUCUGUUUGGCUGGGUUUGGUCUCUCUUCAUGAGUCUGCCCUCAGAGUUUGUGGCUGUCCUCGACCUGGCUGACCAUCCUCACUGCCUGGAUCUGUGACCAUCUCUGCCUGAGAGCUGCAGGUGGAGGAGCUGGCGUCCCCCCCUGGCGUCCCCCCCCCCCCGGUGUCCCCCCUGGUGUCCCCCCUGGUGUCCCCCCGGUACCGUGUUUCCCUGGUUUGGACCUCUUCCACUACGAUUGAAUGUGCGCUUGACACGAGCAUCCAGGGCGCCUCAGUUUGUUUUCUGGUUUUUGGAAGUCUUUCACUCCACAUCAGCCCUUUUUAACUCUGGUAAGCUUCAGCCUCAGAGUGGCCUUCCCAUUUUCCCUCAGUCCCUUUUUUAAAUAGAUUUAAAUUAUUUCUAGUUGUGACUUUUUUUAUUAAUCAAAUUUUUAUGAACUGGAACCACGUCUCCCACCUAUUAGUAACAGACCUGGGUCCUUAUUGUGGGUGGGUUAGCUCCUUUGGUGAAAACUAAAAAGUGUGGUUUUGCAUCCUCGUGUAAACCUUAGACUUUUAGCCCCGCCCUGUUGGGAGCUUGUCGCCUCCCUCCAUGUGUUAUAAAAGAGCAAACACAGAGGUGGAUAAUGAAUGAUAGCCAGCAGACACAGAGCUGAGCACCUCACCAAGUGACUGAAGGAAGAUAAAGGAGAGCAGAUCUGGAUUAAAUUGGCUGAGAUGUGGCAGGUCAGAGAGACUAUCUCAUGUCACAUUUGUCAGGACGUCCUGAACGAGCCGGCGACCAUCCCCUGUGGUCACAGCUUCUGCUUGAGCUGCAUUGAAAUCCACUGGGCUGAUGUGGUAGGGGAAAAGACCCCCAGCUGUCCUCAGUGUGGCCUGACCUUCGCUCUGAAGCCUAACCUUGUGAAAAGCACCACGCUGGCAGUGUUAGUGGAGGAGCUGAAGACCGGACUCCGGGCCGCUCCUGUGGAUCACAUCUACGCUGGACCCGAAGAUGUGACCUGCGACGUCUGCUCUGGUAGGAAGCGGAGAGCCAGCAAGUCCUGUCUGCAGUGCCUGGCAUCGUACUGUGAAGAAGACCUCCAGUUUCAUCGUGAAGCUCCUGCCUUCAAAAAACACAAGCUGAUGGAGCCAUCCAGAGAGCUUCAGGAGAUGUUAAGCUGUCCUGAUCAGGAGUCUACCUGUUACCUCUGCACGGUCGAAGAGCCCAAAGGCAGUGAUAUCACUUCAGCAGAACGGGCUGAGAAGCAGGGAGAGCUGGAGGCUGGUCGACGACUGGUUCAGCAGAAAAUCAAAGACAGACAGAGGGAGAUGAGGCUGCUUCAGCAGGAGAUGGAGGCUAUCAAACGCUCUGCUGAUGAAGCAGUGGAGCACAAUGAGAAGACUCUCUCUGAGCUCAUCCAGCUCUUGGAAAAGAGGCGCUCUGAUGUGACGAAGCAGGUCAGAUCUCAGCAGGAAACGGAAAUGACACGGGUCAGAGAGCUUCAGGAGAAGCUGGAGACGGAGAUCAGUGAGCUGAAGAGGAGAGACAUUGACCUGGAGGAGCUCUCAAACACGGACGAUGAUGUCCAGUUUCUGCAGGACUACCAGUCACUGCCACCACUCAGAGAAGAUCCAGACUCUUCCAGCAUCAGAAACCGUCCUCUCAGAUACUUUGGAGACGCGACAGCAGCUGUGUCAGAACUCAGAGACAAACUCCAUGAUGAUCUGAGUGAGAAAUGGACAAACAUCUUAGAGACUGUGACUGGAGUGGAUGUUUUACUAACCGAACCAGAACCCAAGACCAGAGCGGAUUUCUUACGCUAUACUAGAAUCCUUACCUGGGAUCCAAACACGGUAAGCGAACGACUGGUGUUAGCUCAAGGUCUCAAAAAAGUAACACUGAUGGAUGAAGAACAGUCCUACCCCAAACACCCAGAGAGGUUCUCCUUCUGGGCCCAGGUCCUGAGUAAAGAAGGUCUGACUGGACGGUGCUACUGGGAGGUGGAGUGGAACAGAAUAGGAGUGUAUGUCGCUGUGGCGUACAAGGACGCAUCCAGAGAGAGAGGGGAUCCUGGGAUAUUUGGGAUCAAUGACAAAUCCUGGGCGCUAGAAUGCAUAGAGGAGGAUUACAACUUUUGGCACAACAUUGUGAGCAUCCCCGUCAAAGGACCCUGGUCCUCGAAAGUAGGAGUUUACCUGAAUCACAGUGCAGGGGUUCUGGCCUUCUACAGCAUCUCCAGGAAAAAGGAAAUGACUCUCCUCCAUAGAGUCCACACCAGAUUCACCGAGCCUCUACACGCUGGAGUCCACCUUAGGUGUCUGUCUCCUGGACUCUCUGCUAAGCUCUGUAAGCUGAAGUAGACUGAGGGCAUUCAGGGGGGAAUUAAGGCUGAUGUUGCUGAAGGCUGAUUGUUAAUGCAUCCUGGCCUGUUGUGGAACUUUAUCGGCUCUGAUUGUGAUUCCUCUGUUGUGUCUGUGAAUGUUUCAUAGAGGCUUUAAUGGCUGAUGAUGACUGUUUGGUUUGUUUUGGUGGUAUAUUUAUUCAAAUCUGUUCAUGCACUGACCCGCCUCAUCAUAAGUUACAACAGACUUGUAACGUAACUCUGCAGAAUGUCUGUGGUUCUUUCAAAAAUAAAUUCAA